AUGUCAAUUCUCCCGUUCCCCCUCUUCCCCGCCUACUCGGCCCCUUCCUCUCCUCCGUCGCCGAUCGAGGAGGUCCUAUCCGACGAUUACCUUCUCUCGCUCGUGCUGCGGUCGCUCACGCGCGACUCCUUCCAUUACGCGCUUGUCUCCAAGCGAUGGUACGCCGCAGCGCGGCUCUCGCUCGCGCACCUCACAAUCAAAUCCAAGAUCCGAUUCUCCGUUCUCGUAGACGCGAUUCGCGGCUUUUCCUCGCUCACGCACCUCGAGCUUCAGUAUCAUCGCGUUACGGAUGGGCAAACGGACCCGAACGGCGAUGCUCUCUACCAAUGCCUGGGCGCCACGUGUCCGAAUCUGACACAUCUGACCAUACACUACCAGCUUGACAUGCAAGUCACUUGCAAUGGCCUCUCGACUCUCUUCCACGGCUGCCGCAAGCUCCGCCACCUCCGCCUCCUCACCCUUCGCGCCCUCCCGCACCUCCCCCCCAACGUCACUCUCCUCUCCGACCUCAGAACUCUCCACCUCUGCCGCCACACCCGCUUUUACGGCGAGGAUCAUCUCGAGAAUCUCAUCGCGCCGCCUGAGAGCGUCGCCGCGCUGCAGCGGCUGCAGGAGCUGCGCGUGGCAGCAGGGUCGGCGUUCCAAGGUCUCCCCGAUUCCAUCGGCAGCCUCACCAACCUCCAAAGCUUGACCUUCGCCAACCCUUCUCUCUCUGACCUCCCCACCUCCAUUGGUCGCUUACCGCAUCUGCAAACCCUAGGGAUCGAAAUGGAGAGGUUAGAGUGGAUCCCGGAUUCCUUCCAGCACCUCACCCGCCUUCGUUCCUUGUCGCUGCACUCCAAGUGUUUGACGCGCGUGCCCGAGCAUGUGAUGGGGGCGAUGCUGCGAUUGAAGGCGCUUUCUCUCUCAUGCCCUGAAAUCGACUCCCUCCCGGAUAAUCUUGGAGCCCUCGUACAGCUUGAAACCCUUAAACUUCAGGACCUUCCCUACCUUCGGUGUCUGCCCGAGAGCAUGGGAGAGCUACAGCGAUUGAGAUCGCUGGAAAUCAACCAGGUGGGCAUGCGGCAGCUGCCGGAAAGCCUGUGCACGGGGAGUGCGAGGCACAGCCUGGAGAAGCUGUACCUGCGCGAGUGCAGAGAACUGAAGCAGCUGCCUCCCCAGCUGCCCAUGCUGACGCGCCUGCAAGACCUCGAAAUCACCUUCUGCCGUAGCGUCGAGUCCCUAGACCCAUUGUUCGCUCCGGAUCCCGCAUUGAGUUCGCAGCAUGACGAGGAGCAGCGCAGCGCACAGCAGCCGUGGGGCCUGGCGUCUCUCACCAGCCUAUCACUUUGUAGAUGCUGGCAAAUCACCUCUCUCCCUGAUUCCCUCUCCACUCUUUCUGCCCUCUCUUCCCUCACCCUCACCCACAUGCACGGCCUCUCCAGCCUGCCAGAGUCCCUUGGACAGCUGAAAAACCUCAGGGUCCUGAAGCUCCAACACAUGGACAAGUUAUCUGUGCUGCCCGAGUCACUCGGGCAGCUAAAACACCUCGAAACGCUGGAGCUGUACUAUCUACCUGAGCUGAACUCUCUGCCCGGGUCACUCCGCCGGCUGCCAAAGCUGAAAGAGCCCUUGCUGAUUGAGGUGGGGAGGGUGACAGAGUGGUGGUGGAUUGACUACCUCCCAUCUGUUCGGUCCGCCAGAAUGCGCCUAAUGAUUCACUGA